GGCAGCGUCUCGCCAUUAAAGCCACCGCUGCUGCUCUCGCUGCAGCACAGCCAGUGUGCGUGCGUGCGCGUGUGAGCGAGAAGGAGAGAGAGAGAUGGUGGUGGUGGUGGCCAUGCCGCCGGCGCUCUCCCUCCUCGUUCUCCUCGUUCUCGCGCUCCACGGAGGCGCCGGCGACGCCACGCCGCCGCCGCCGCUGCGGCUCGUCCGCGGCGCGCGGCGCGUGGCGUUCGACGAGGGGUACACGCGGAUGUUCGGCGACGGCAACCUCGCCGUCCUCCGCGACGGCCGCCGCGUCCGCCUCACCCUCGACGAGUCCACCGGCGCCGGGUUCGCCUCCCAGGACGUCUUCCUCCACGGCUUCUUCAGCGCCGCCGUCAAGCUCCCCGCCUACUACGCCGCCGGCGUCGUCGUCGCCUUCUACCUGUCGAACGGCGACACGUACGAGAAGACCCACGACGAGGUGGACUUCGAGUUCCUCGGCAACGUGCGCGGGCGCGAGUGGCGCGUGCAGACGAACGUGUACGGCAAUGGCAGCACCGCCGCCGGCAGGGAGGAGCGCUACGACCUCCCGUUCGACCCCACCGACGAGCUCCACCAUUACUCCAUCCUCUGGACUCGCCGCCGAAUCAUAUUCUACGUGGACGAGACGCCGAUCAGGGAGGUGGUGAGGACGGCGGCGAUGGGGGCGGCGUUCCCGGCGAAGCCGAUGUCGGUGUACGCCACAAUCUGGGACGGCUCGGCGUGGGCCACGCUCGGCGGGCGCUACAGGGUGAACUACAGGUACGCGCCGUUCGUCGCCGAGUUCGCCGACCUCGUCCUCCACGGCUGCGCCGUCGACCCGCUCGCCGUCGAACACUCCGCGUCGUGCGGGGACGAGGAGGAGGAGGCGGCCGAGGCCGUCGUGUCGUCCGCGGCGAUGGCGGCGUUCCGGCGCGGCCACAUGUCCUACUCCUACUGCCACGACCGGCGGAGGUACCCGGUCGCGCUGUCCGAGUGCGCGCUCACCGGCGGCGCAGCCUCCCUCGGCCGCCUGUUCGGCCCCGACGGGAUGAAGCGCCGCCGCGCUCGCCGCGCCCGCGACGCCUCGUCGUAGCGCCGGCCGCGGGGGCGCUGUACAGUAAGCAUCAGCAGUGGGAACGCGUCGAGGCGCCGCUCGCCGCUCGCCGCCGUGGCAGACAGGCGUACUCGCCGGCGUGAUUGUGCGCGCGCCGUGGAAUCCGGCCGGGAUGUAUGCCAUUGUCACGGCUCGCCUUGUAACUUUAGCUAUAGCAUUAGGAUUAUUUGCCGCUUUGGACCAUUCAUCCGUGUGCUCCAUUGAUGAAACCAAGAAAACUCCAUUUCUUAUCUCAGGGAAAGGAACGGAUUAUUAUCCAUCAAUUAAUCAAUUUCAGCUAAUCAAUCGAUCAAUUUGAGCCACGGAGUAUUUGAAA